UCUCUCUGUAUCUCCUCCUUCUUGGGCCCCUCUCUUACUGUCCUCCAGCUCACCUCUCUCCUCUACCCCCUCCAUUGCUUAGUCACCACAUGGAUGUGUCAGUGUUUCUAUCACUUUUCUGAGUUUCAUGCCCGCUGAAGCACAGCGAGAGCAUCCCUGUGAUGCCAAAAGCCAUGAAAAGAUGCAGGAAACACUUCUGUCCAAGCCCCCCUCCAAAGGACACAGCACCUCCUCAUUCCUGACGGAUGGCGCCACUUUCCACAGUCGGGGCUAGGGGCCACACAACAACCACACCUCCACGACACGGGCUUAAAGCCUCAGGAUGUAUAAAGUGAGGCGACAUACGGGGAAGAGGAAUCAGGAGCCGAUCCGACCAGAUGAAGAUGGAGCUCGCCGUGGUUAACUGGGUGGUUGCAGCUGCAGGGUUUCUUCUGUUCUGGGCCGGUGGUGGUUCUGCAGCUCCACUGGAGUGCCACUUCAAUUCCAGAGCUCUGUGUGAGUUUGAGGGGAGGCAGUAUGCCCUGGGGGAGACCUGGAUGGACAACGCCUGCAUGCAGUGCACCUGUCUGCACCCUGUUGGCGUCGGUUGCUGCGAGACGGUGCAUCGACCGGUGGACUUCCCAGCCUGGUGUGAGGUGAGGGUGGAGCCAGCGACCUGCAAAGUGUUUCUGGUGCAGACGGCCGACCCUCGCCUGCCGUGCUCCCCGGGUGAAACAGACAAGGACCCCAGCCAUGGGUCGCUCCAGCUGCAGCUCCAUGGGGGGGUGCGCACAGAGACCAACAACAGCUUAACCUACACCUAA